AUGGUCGAAGUCCGGCGUGCUGCGAUUUGCGCGGUGGCAGACCUGCGCGGAGGCGUGGAGGCGUCCUCGGUGAGUACAGGGUGUGGGCGGUGGUUUUGGGUGAUGCUGGGUGGCUCUGGGCGGAGCGCCGGUGGGAAGGUCGGCGACGAACGAGGUAGUCGCAGGCUAGGGGGCGCGAGCGCGAUUUGUGUGUGUAUUGGGUAUCUGUGGGCAACCGAUUGGGCGAACGAGGUGGUCGGCGGCGAGUGGUGGUUCGGCUGCCGAUGGACAACCGUUUGGACUCUCUCAGGUGGCUUCUCGCCGGCGACCGCUGUUCGCCGGCGGCAGGUCGAGAUAUAG